AUGAAGUUCUCUGCUGUCGUUGUCCUCUCCCUCGUCGGUACCUCCGUCGCUGUCCCACUGCAGAACGUUGGUCGGGCCAACAAAGGUGCCAAAGCCGCAGCAGCAGCAUCUGGAGCACCUGCAGCAAAGUCAACCCCGGCUGCUUCUGGCUCCAACUCGGGCUCCGGCUCAGCCUCUACGAACUCGGGUGCAUCGAACACGGGCGCAUCGAACAACGGCGCAUCGAACAACGGCGCAUCGAACAACGGCGCAUCGAACACCGGCGCAUCGAACACCGGCGCAUCGAACACCGGCGCAUCGAACACCGGCGGGUCGAACACCGGCGCAUCGAACACCGGCGGAUCGAACACCGGCGGAUCGAACACCGGCGCAUCGAACACCGGCGGAUCGAGCACCUCGAACUCGGGCAAUUCUAACUCGGGCAAUUCUAACUCGCCCAAUGCCUCUGGGGGUGCUGGGGUGGUCGGGGGAACCAAGCCAAACGCUGAUGCUGUCUCCUACGCCGCAGGCGCUUUCGCCAACGAUGCGCAAACCGUCUCGAGAUCCUUGAACACUCUUGGAUCUGAGACCGACCCUGAGACCAUCCGCAAUGUCGCCGCUACCGCUUUCCAAGCCGAGUCUGACGAGGAUCAGAGACGUAAUGUCCUUGCGACCAUGGCCGGAAGUGCGGGUGCCCAGUCCAACUCUUUGAUUGUUAUGAACACCCCAGCUGUCCUCAACGGUCUCAUGAACAUUCAGAACAACCCAACCCCGGCCACCGCCGCAGCUGAGCUUCCAGCAAUUGAGAAUGCCAGAAACCCCAACAUUCUUCCUAGCAUCACUCAGCUCUCCAACGCAGCCAUGAACAAUGCCGGCCUGCCAAUGAUGGCCGUCACAUUCCCUCCUACAACUGGAUCCUCUGGAACAAACAGCAACGGCGGAGGCAACACCAACACCGGAGGUAACAGCAACACCGGAGGCAACACCAACACCGGAGGCAACACCGGAGGCAACACCAACACAGGAGGCAACAGCAACACCGGAGGCAACACCAACAGCAACACCGGAGGCAACACCAACACCGGAGGCAACACCAACACCGGAGGCAACACCAACAGCAACACCGGAGGCAACACCAACACCGGAGGCAACACCAACACCAGCAAUGGAGGUAACACCAACAACGGUGGAAGCAACAGUGGUAACACCAACUAA